GCAGCUGCUCACUGUCAGCGAGAUUCUUCACAUUCUGCUUUGAUGUGAUUUUAUUCCCGUGUUGUUGUUGUUGUUGUUGUUAUUACAUAAAUAUAAUCGUGUCCGAUUUUUUCGACGAUGACGAGUAAGAUGAAGCUCGUGCGCUCUCUGGUGAAGACUGUGGCUCUGGCCACUGUGCCCAAACACAUCGAUCACUUCUCCAAGUUCUCUCCGUCUCCUCUGUCCAUGAAGCAGUUUCUGGACUUUGGUUCGACCAAUGCGUGUGAGCGCACAUCGUUUGUCUUCCUUCGUCAGGAGCUUCCUGUCCGUCUGUCCAACAUCAUGAAAGAGCUCAAUCUGCUGCCGGACCGGCUGCUGGCCACGCCCUCUGUCCAGCUUCUGCAGACCUGGUACAUCCAGAGCCUGAUGGAGAUCCUCGAGUUUCUGGACAAGAACCCCGAUGACCACAGAGUCCUGGAGACGUUCGUGGAGGUCUUGGAGGCCAUCAGGAACCGACACAAUGAGGUGGUCAGCACCAUGGCUCAGGGAGUUAUUGAGUUCAAGGACUCUUACGGCCAGCAGGACCCCGUCACUGACCACAACCUCCAGUACUUUCUGGACCGCUUCUAUACCAGCAGAAUCUCCAUCCGCAUGCUCAUCAACCAGCACACUCUUGUUUUCAACGGCAACAUUAACCCCGCCCACCCCAACACCAUUGGCUGUAUCGACUCUCAGUGUGAAGUGACAGAGGUUGUACGAGAUGCAUAUCAGAGUGCUAAGUUGCUGUGUGAGCAGUAUUACCUGGGAGCACCUGAGCUGGAGCUGAGGCAGGUGAAUGCAAAUAACGUCAGAGAGCCCAUCCAGAUCUCAUACGUCCCUUCUCACCUGUACCACAUGCUCUUUGAACUCUUCAAGAAUGCCAUGAGAGCAACCAUAGAGAAUCAUAAGGCCAGCAGCACCCUCCCACCUAUCAGCGUCAAGGUUGCACUUGGUGGAGAGGACCUGUCCAUCAAGAUGAGCGAUAAAGGAGGCGGAGUUCCCUUCAGGAAGACAGAGCGUUUGUUCAGUUACAUGUACUCCACAGCGCCGAGGCCCUCCAUAGAACAUCAUCACAGAACUCCACUGGCGGGGUUCGGCUACGGUCUGCCCAUCUCUCGGCUCUACGCUCGUUACUUCCAGGGAGACCUGCAGCUCUACUCGAUGGAGGGUUACGGCUCCAACGCCGUCAUUCACCUGAAGGCCUUGUCUACAGACUCUGUGGAGAGGCUGCCAGUCUUUAACAAGAAGGCUCUUCGUCACUACAAGCUGAGUUUGGAGGCAGAUGAUUGGUGCAGUCCCUCCAAGGACCCGCUGGACAUGGCUGUCUACCGUGUGACCAAGUGAUCCAGUCAUGACCCAAUAUGAUGUUUGGAACAUUCUACAUUUGUCCUUGAAAGGCAGGUCACAGAGGGACCAGAGCUGUCGGACCGGCAGCUGGCCCGGGGGAGACUGCUCAGAGACGAGAGAAGGCCCAGCGUCUUGGACUUUGCUGAUUUAUUGAUCGUUCUUCCUGUAUCUGCUCCCCCUGCUCUCUGUAAACAUGUGCUGCAGAUAAAGAAAGAGACGCAGAGGGUUGACGUUGUCAGUCAAGAUAUUCAACAAUCAAACAUGAACCGGUUGCAUCGAGAAAGACGGGGGCAGAGAAGCCAUUAGCCAAUGAAAGGGUGAAAAUGUUGUCUUUUCACACCAAUAUUGGAAUUUUGAUUUAAAAACCAAUGUACUCACAAACGUGCUCAUUUGUUAUCAAGAGUUACACAGCUGUGGCGCUUUAAUCUAAUAUUAGCUUUCCAAGCUAACGCCUUCACAGCCUUUGAACGCUGGAUGUACACGCUAACAUGUUUCACAGUGACGGUUAAAACACCACUAUACUAAAAUAUGCAAUCUAAAAAUGAUAAAUAAGAAGAUGACGAGGGAACAAAGUGUGUAGGAAUUGUUGUGGAGAUGCAGAACUACUAAGAAUUGUGUUGAAUUUUCACACCGCUGCUUCUCUGCUAAGCUAAAUCAGGUGGAUUUGCCCCAUAUUUCAUGAGUUGGUGCGUUCCAUGAAAUCAUUUUUAGGUUUGGAACAAGGUAAUUACAACUACAGCCGCUCUAUUCAGGCUUUUACCGUUUAAACGCCCAAGAGCUAGCUAAGCUAGCUGAUAGCUAGCAGGUCUAUUUCUAAAAAUUCUGCGUGUCCGUAACAACGACCAUCCCAAUUUCACUGGACGUCAAUUGUGUGUUGAGAAAGUUGAGUUUCAUCUCGUAGCUACUUUGAAUGAAUGUCAUACAGCCACUGCUGCUAAUUGUUGGCUACAUCAGAGUUUCAGAGAAACAUGGGUUUAAAACCAACUAUUUUAUUUCAACCCAAUAAUUGAAGUCACCACUUCUGUUUCAUUAGCUAGAAUAGAACAUUUUAACACAGUUAAGUCCAGAUCAAAUAAUCCACACCUGUCUUGGAGGUGUGGAUUAAAAGAGAAGAGUAUUACUUCAGAAACAACAAGUGCUCGUCCACUCACAGGGCAUUUCACUUGUGUUGUAUUUGUGUGUCAUUCACUCUGCAGACUUGUGUUAUUAUUGUGUAUUAUAGUUAUUGUGUUGUGUAUUAUAGUUUGUCCUGAGUCUCAGUUACUUGUGGUACACAGCGAUCAGGGUUUAUUUGGUUAGAGUUUUGCCGGUAUGUGUGUGUGUGUGUGUGUGUAGUUCUGUCACAACAUUAUAUAAGCUUGUCUCCUGUUAACAUGGUUCAUGGUUAGCAAUUCAUUUUCUGAACUUAACAUUUGAAAAGCUGUCAAACGUGUGAAAAUCUCUCCAUGUAUACUGUGAUCCACCUUGUGUGUACUAUUCACAAAUAUGUGUGUGUAGUGCCUGUAUAUUAUUGUAAAUCUGAAGUGAGCUGUUUAUAUUUGAGGAUUUAUAUUUAUUUUUAUAAAAAGGUUUGAAAAUAA